CGGGGAGGCGGCGGCCGGCGCGCUGACGGCGGCGGCGGCGCCCGGGCCGGGCGGCGGCGAGGGGGGGGAAGAUGGCGGACGUGCUCAGCGUCCUGCGACAGUACAACAUCCAGAAGAAGGAGAUCGUGGUGAAGGGGGACGAGGUGAUCUUCGGCGAGUUCUCCUGGCCCAAGAACGUCAAGACCAACUACGUGGUGUGGGGGACCGGGAAGGAAGGCCAGCCCAGAGAAUACUACACAUUGGACUCCAUCUUAUUUCUGCUUAAUAAUGUGCACCUUUCUCAUCCAGUUUAUGUUCGACGUGCAGCUACUGAAAAUAUCCCUGUGGUUAGAAGACCUGACCGAAAAGAUCUCCUUGGGUAUCUCAAUGGUGAAGCAUCAACGUCGGCAAGUAUAGACAGAAGUGCCCCCCUGGAAAUAGGUCUUCAGAGAUCCACUCAAGUCAAACGAGCUUCAGAUGAAGUUUUAGCAGAAGCAAAGAAACCACGAAUUGAGGAUGAAGAGUGUGUGCGCCUUGAUAAAGAGAGACUGGCUGCCCGGCUGGAGGGCCAUAAAGAAGGAAUUGUGCAGACUGAGCAGAUCAGGUCUUUGUCUGAAGCUAUGUCAGUGGAAAAAAUUGCUGCAAUCAAAGCCAAAAUUAUGGCUAAGAAAAGAUCUACUAUCAAGACUGAUCUAGAUGAUGAUAUAACUGCCCUUAAACAGAGGAGUUUUGUGGAUGCUGAGGUGGACGUGACCCGAGAUAUUGUCAGCAGAGAGAGGGUGUGGAGGACGCGAACAACUAUCUUACAGAGCACAGGAAAGAACUUUUCCAAGAAUAUUUUUGCAAUUCUUCAAUCUGUAAAAGCCAGAGAAGAAGGGCGGGCACCUGAGCAGCGACCAGCUCCAAAUGCAGCACCUGUGGAUCCCACAUUGCGCACUAAGCAGCCUAUCCCAGCUGCCUACAAUAGAUAUGACCAGGAAAGAUUCAAAGGGAAAGAAGAAACUGAAGGCUUUAAAAUCGACACCAUGGGUACCUACCACGGCAUGACUCUGAAGUCUGUAACGGAAGGUGCAUCUGCCCGUAAGACUCAAACUCCUGCAGCCCAGCCUGUACCAAGGCCAGUUUCUCAAGCAAGACCUCCUCCAAAUCAGAAGAAAGGAUCACGGACACCCAUUAUCAUAAUACCUGCUGCUACCACUUCUUUAAUUACCAUGCUUAAUGCGAAAGACCUUCUGCAGGAUUUGAAAUUUGUUCCAUCGGAUGAAAAGAAGAAACAAGGCUGUCAACGAGAAAAUGAAACUCUGAUACAGAGAAGAAAAGAUCAGAUGCAGCCAGGGGGUGCUGCAGUUAGCGUCACUGUACCGUAUAGAGUGGUAGACCAGCCCCUUAAACUUAUGCCUCAGGACUGGGACCGAGUUGUAGCAGUGUUUGUUCAAGGUCCUGCGUGGCAGUUCAAAGGCUGGCCAUGGCUUUUGCCUGAUGGAUCACCAGUCGACAUAUUUGCUAAAAUUAAAGCCUUCCAUCUCAAAUAUGAUGAAGUUCGUCUAGAUCCAAAUGUUCAGAAAUGGGACGUCACGGUAUUAGAACUCAGCUAUCACAAACGCCAUCUGGACAGACCAGUUUUCUUGCGGUUCUGGGAAACCUUGGAUAGGUACAUGGUGAAGCAUAAAUCCCACUUGAGAUUCUGAGUUACUUGGUUCCUCCCUCCUCUUCUGAAAAGCUGAGUUAAGAAGCAAUGGAAUACCUUGACCUAGAGACUGGGUUCAGCUUUAUGAAUUCGGCGAUGAACUUGGAAGUGCCAGGACUCGCGCUGACGCUUUGUGCUGCAGAGCGGCGGUGGCCGUCAUCCGUAUCAGCAAACUUUUUGGCUUACAGCUAUUUUUUUAAUAUUAGCCUUCUAGUCUGUAAUGAAAAUUGUAUAUUUUGAUAGAAGUUUUUUCUCUAUUGGUUAAAUUAGCAUUACUUAAAGUUUGUUUCUUUAGAAAUACAGGUUAUAAAUGUGUGUAUAUUUAGAGGUUAUAAGGCUUCCUAAGCCAUCCUGCUUCUGAUUUUUCAUUGCUCUAUGAUCCCUUCCACGGAAAAUACUGUGUUAAGUAAGAGUGGUAUUAAAUGUUAGACUUUGGAAACUUAAAAGACACAUAAAAAGGGAUGUGACUAUUUUGAAUGAAUCAAAAUGUCAGCCUGUACAUCUAUACUUUAUUUAAAAAGGAAUAAUGAAAAAUCAAGAACAAUUCUUCGUCUUUGGUUGAACUGUUCAGACUUUUUUUUCUUUUAUAAAUGAAUAUAUUGAAUGAAUGUACAUUCUUCUCACUGACUUUGAUGAUUUUAAAACUUAGAAUGAUAUAUUUGUAUCUGGGAUAUCUUUCCACUUGGAAAAUCUCAAAACAGAUUUAAAACGUAAUAGGCUUGUAGGGGUUUUUAUUGGGGGAGCUAGAGUAUGAUUUGGGGAAGAAUGAGUAUCAGUCCUAUUGCAGUGUAUCUUUAACUUUCUGUUGUUUCUCAUAAGUCCACUUUUGAUCGUUACUUUAUAUGGUAUAGGAUUUCAAGUCUUCUAUUUCUAGGCAGGUCAGUUUUGGUCUUAGCUUUCAUUAUCCGUAUAUACUGAUAAACUCCCAGCCACCAAAGAACAUAUUUGCUCAAGUGUCUGAACAGAAACAAGAUAAAAAAAAACAAAAACACUGGUAUUUUUAUGUGUGUAUUCAAUAUGCUAUAAAAUAUAAAACGUAUUUUAACUUAGUGAAUAUUUUACUAUUUCUACUUCAGGCAGUGUUGUGUCCAAGGUACAGGAGUGGCCCAGUUCCUUGAGUCCCGACUUUGGCUUCCACUGCUGUAGAACGGCUGGGAACUUCCUGCCUUGUUUCCUUGUUUUUGCCCUUAGAACUACUGCUGUCCGUUCGCUCUUAGGUUUUUUCCUCUCUAGAGAUACUGUCUUAGGCUAGCUUUUUUUCUUUUUCUUUUUCUUUUAAACAGCUAGCUCUUUCUUAUCUACUCAGCUGACAUUACCUUGUGUUCUUUUUGCAAUUUAACGCUAUCAUAAAGCUUAGAAGCAAUCAUUUUUUAUUUUUAAAGCAGCCACACAGAUCCAUACCAAUAAAACCUGGAACCAGUAUGAAUUCAGAUGGAAUUCACAGGGCUCUUCAGAAGAAAAGCAGUCAACAUUUUAAAUGACAGGCUUUAGUGUAUUUGUAAGAUUUGAACAGUGUGCUUACAUUUUCCCCUUCUUUGCACUUGCUCCUUGAAUAAAAGAAACUCACUUUGUUCACAUUAGAAUUUCUCAGCAUAUAAAUCUGUUCUCAAAUUAUGUAUUGUGUAAACUUUCUCCAUGUGGACAUUUUUAGGGACAGACUCUGUAGUACUUUAACGUACGGUUACCCCUGUUAGGACUACUGCAAGUGGACGCGAACUACCUUUCCAUAAAGACUUUUGGUAUUUAUACUUGUAUAUGAAAUUCACUUGAUACAGAGUAUGGUUAAAACUAACAUCUACUUUGAACAAGGUUUAUUUUUCUAUUUUAAAUUUGCCUUAUGUAUAUUCAAAAACUUCUGGAAAUACUGUAUGGAACGUGAGGUAAAGUACAACUAUGCUAUGCCAUGUGUUUUUAAAUCAGACCCGUCAUAUGUAAUUGGGUUUCUUCUUCAGUUUGGAAGAAAAUUAAGGAAUUAGGUCCGUGUAAUUAAUUUCAUAUCAAUUAUUUAAACAAAAACACAACCCAGACUCUAAGCUAAUCAUUUUCUCAUGACCGUCCUAUAGCAGCACCUAACACAGUGCCUUGCACAUAGUAGGUGUUCAGUAAAUAUAUGUAUGGAAGAAUGGUGUGCUUCCAGUCUAACUGGAGUGUCACGAGCAGCCGGACUGUACUUGGUGUUGGAGUUUGAGAAGGCAGAUUUCCAGGGAACAAGGAGGCACACGUUGGUCAGCUGAUGGAAAUCAAAUGAUAAACCUGACUCACCCAGGGGCUGCCAUUAACGGAGGCACCCUGCCGCCGGCUUUCACCGAGCCCCGGAACUGCGAGGAGAAAGCACGAGUCUCAUCGGGGCUCAGCCCCGACUGCACCGCAGAGUCUCCUGGUGGGGGAGUUUGGGAAAGUAUCUGUGUCUGCAUCCCGACGGGGUUGGGGUGAGACCUGCUCAUCUGUGUGUCACUUCAGUGUGCAGGAAGGAGCGACAAUCAUUGGGUUGACGGGGACAGGAAACAGCAGCAGUAUUAAAUGUUGUGUUUCGUCCCCUCUACUGUCUGUGCCUGUGGUGUGAGCCUUCUUUGUGCUAGCCUGCCCCCCGGGGUGGGCGUACAGCCUAGAUCCCCGGGUGACUAAUUCCCCUCUUAAUUUAUUUAAUCUAGGAGUAUUUUGCUGCUUAAUGUUUAAACACUAAACACUAGACCAUCCCCAGUACUGGAGAUAGUGGCCUAGAUUCUCAAAUG